CUGGGUAGAACCUGGGAUACCUCCGUCUCUAUCUCUCUCCCUGACUCCGUUUCCCUUUCCCUGUGAGGAAGAGUGGAGGAUGAAGUUUCCCAGAGGCUCCAGAAUGUCAUGUCCUGUCCAUUCCCCUGUAUAGUGGACCUCCUGCAGAGCUGUGCUUGCCACAUGCAAAGACUUUGACUGUUCCAUGGCAUAGGCACAUACUGGGUACAGACAGUAGCCUACAGGAGAACAGCAUCCCUAUCUUUUAGCACUCUCUCUCUCUCCCCAAAAGUCUCUCAGGCCCCUCUAUCCCUCUCAGAGAGCCCCUCCCUGGGGCCAUGCCCAUCCAGCUUAAUGCCGACACCUCCUUCAGCUCCAAGCAGGAGCUACUGGACCUCCAGAACGGCCCCAUGGGCCCCUUCCUGGAUACACCCAGCCCUGUGGACUCUCAGGAGGAUAGCCCGAUGGGCUCAGGCCCUGGCAGCUCUGCUGGAGAAGGCCCCGCUGGCCACAUCAUCCUCACCAGGGCUACUGCCCCUCUGCCUGGACAGCUUUACAGGGGUGAGGUGCCCACAGAGACCCCCAUGGGCCUCAAAUUCAUCCCCAUUGACUCAGAAGGGCUGUGUGGCUGGGGGGCCCUGACGCCCCGAGCCAUCCAGACCUUCAACACCCCUCGCUGGCUGCUCUUCUUCCUCUGUGUGGCUUCCUUCCUCCAGGGCAUGAUCAUUAACGGCUUCAUCAACACGGUGGUGACCUCCAUAGAGAGGCGCUUUGACCUGCGUAGCUACCAGGCCGGGCUCAUCGCCAGCUCCUACGACAUCGCUGCCUGUCUGUGCCUGGCCUUCGUCAGUUACUUUGGUGGGACAGGGCACAAGCCUCGUUGGCUGGGCUGGGGGGUGCUAGUCAUGGCGUUAGGCUCUCUGGUGUUCGCCCUGCCUCACUUCACCACUCCCCCGUACCAUGUCAGCAUUCCCGAGCGGACAGGGGUAUGCACAGGGAACCGUACCAGCCCUUGCCAUGAUAGGGAGGGUGGGGGUCUGUCCAGCUACCGCUUUGUCUUCAUGCUGGGCCAGUUCCUGCAUGGGGUGGGAGCCACGCCCCUGUACACUCUGGGGGUCACCUACCUGGACGAGAACGUCAAGUCCAGCUAUGCUCCAGUGUACAUUGGGAUCUUCUAUACAGCAGCCAUCGUGGGUCCAGCAGCAGGGUACCUUCUAGGAGGAUACUUCCUCAACAUCUAUACAGAGGUCCAUAUGACGACGGAGCUGACUCCAGAGAACCCUCUGUGGGUGGGGGCCUGGUGGAUAGGCUUCCUUGCAGGAGGGGCAGCAGCACUGGUCAUCGCCCUGCCCAUCCUGGGCUACCCACGCCAACUACCAGGCUCUCAGAAGUAUGUGGCCAUGCGUGUGUCUGAGGCCCACCAGCUGAAAGAUGGCAGUCAGGCCAGUGCAUCAGACCCUCAGUUUGGGAAGUCAGUGAAGGACAUGCCUAGGUCAGUGUUGCUCCUGCUGAAGAACCCUCCCUUCCUCUUCCUGUGUCUGGCGGGGGCCACGGAGGCCACCCUCAUUGCUGGCAUGUCCACCUUCGGCCCAAAGUUCCUGGAGUCUCAGUUCAGCUUGAGUGCAUCUGAGGCAGCCACAUGGUUCGGCUACAUGGUGGUGCCCGCGGGCGGAGGUGGCACCUUCCUGGGCGGCUACAUCGUGAAGAAGCUGAACCUACGUUGCCGUGGCAUCAUCCGUUUCUGCAUGGUGUGUGCCCUCAUCAGUCUACUGGCCAUAUUCAUCUUCCUCAUCCACUGUCCCAACGUCCCUAUGGCCGGGGUGACCACUCCCUAUCAGUACAACAAGGAUUACAAUGAACAGUACUAUGAGCAAGCCAACAACCUCCGCAACAGCUCUUUGUUGGGGGGCAACCUGACGGUGGGAUGUAAUGCAGAUUGUCACUGUUUACGAGAGCUCUAUAACCCAGUCUGUGGAGCUGACGAUGUGAUGUAUUACUCCCCCUGCCACGCAGGAUGCAGCACAAUCAACCACACAGAGAUCUCAACAGGCAGACAGGUGUACUCGGGCUGCAGCUGUGUGGUGGGGGGGAAUGUGACAUCAGGGCUGGAGGGCCAGGCGAGGGAUGGGAAAUGUACCAGCUCCUGUAGUCACAUGCCAGCCUUCCUCACCUUCCUCUUCAUCAUCAUCUCCUUCACCUUCCUGUGUAGUAUACCAGCCCUCACCGCUACCCUCAGGUGUGUUCCAGACAGCCAGAGGUCCUUUGGACUGGGGAUCCAGUGGAUUGUGGUGCGAAGUCUAGGUGGGAUCCCAGGCCCGAUAGCAUUUGGCUCUGUGAUCGACAUCUCAUGCCUGCUGUGGGAGGACCAGUGUGGAGAGCAGGGCUCCUGCCAUCUCUACCAGAACUCUGCCAUGAGCCGCUACACACUCAUCGCUGGCAUCAUCUACAAGGUUCUCGGCACGCUGUUCUUCCUGCUGGCCAGUGUUCUGUACAAGCCCCCUCCAGAGUCGCCCCAGAGCAGCUGUGAGAGCACCGACCACGGGCCAGUGGACAGCGGGGGCGAGACGGGGGACCUCCCGAUCAAGGACCUUCCACCAGAGAUCAUCGCCAAUGUACACACCAGGUUAUGAUGACUUCAGACUCCAUCCACACUGUAUGUGUUGGUGUGUGUGGCGUACCACUGCUUCCCCCAUCAUUGCCAGCCUGUGCCCGUCUCAUAGCCACUCCCAACACACAGACACAUCACCCCAGGGCAUGUCUCACCUACUGACCCCACGUUCAGCCUGCCCUCCACUGCCAGCCCACUGAAAUGGGGUGUGUGUGAUGUGAUGAAAGACUGAGACUAGGGUCACAGAUAGGGUCAGAGGUUAGUCUGAGAAGUAGCUAAGAGGUUUCUCCUGAUGGCUUUUGGGAUUUAAUCUACUCCAAAAAACACGUUUUUAAAUGUAAAGUAACAUAGAAAGUAUGUUUUUUUGUUUUGUUUCUCAGUUGGGUCCCAGUUUGUAUAGCUUAUGUUAUGCCAUGAGUAUGAAGCAUUCCUUAUGUUGAGUGUUGAAAGAGGCAUUUACACCCGUAAAACAACCCUGUUGUCUUGCCCUAUCACAGAUACAUUACAUAUUUCUUUUAUCUACACCGAAACAGAAUUUAAAUACAAAGAAAAACAGAAUGUUCAUAUCAUAUAAAAACUAUAGACCAAGAGUAUGUAAAGGCACUUACUGUUAUUAUAACUAUACCUAUUGAGAACAAAAAUACACAUAUAUUUUAACAAAUGGAAGAGCACACAGCUAUUUAUGACAGCCUUUUAGCACAUGUAAGACUUCGAAUGACCUGUAGCAGGCUGCCAUUUAACAGAAGUGAAGACAAAACCCAAGAGAGGCCGUGAAGAUGAUGAUGCUACAGUGAGGGAAAAAAGUAUUUGAUCCCCUGCUGAUUUUGUCUGUUUGCCCACUGA